AUGAAGGAAUGCUAUGAACACAGAAAGAAAGAAACUACACAAAAAAAACGAAUCAUGGUAUUCUUGCUCUUUGAGAAUCAGUUGAGCGAUACGUUUCUCGCUGGACUUACAGGACUGAGCCCUCAUGACGACGAGACCUCAGCAAUAGCAUCACGAGGCAGUGAUGGACCGCAACUCUUUCCAAGCAUUAUUCCUUUCCAACAACAAUCCACAAGCAAUGUCACUUCUUUUAAAUUUGAUUUAUACAGUGACUUGGUGGCAGGUCUCGAUUCACCAUUUAUAGUGAUAUUUCUUGGUGUUUUUUUGUUUGCUGUAAUAUCUUACGCAAUGCAAUUUAAACAACUCAAGAGAAAUCAGCAUGUGCUCUUCUGGAUGUUAUUCGCCUUGACACUGUUUGCUUCUUUUCAAAAUAUGACAAGAUUGGCCAGUGAAUUGUCAUUCCUGCAUCCAGUCUAUCAAACAGCAUUUCAAUUGAAUAAUUGGAUCAAAAUGGUGGAUCGUUCGAUGGCUGCUGUGUUAUUGUAUACUCAAAUACUCAUUAUGGGUUUAAUUAGCUUUGCAUUCAUGAAAACAUCACGAGCGACAUGUGACAUUUCCCAAAAAACUUUCAAGAUUUGUCUCGCUCUUCUCAUUGUCAUUAUGGUCAUCUUGUUCGUUUUGUUUUUAUUGGGACAUGUCAUGGUCAUUCUCAUUUUGCACAUUCUGCGAUCCAUUAAUGCCCUCUCUCCAAAAGCAUCACUUGAUUAUUCGAUUGUCAUUUUCACAUCUCCCAUGAUUAUUUUGUUGUUGGGAUUGAUUGCAACGGCUGUGUUGUUGAAUACAUUUGGAUUUCGAUUGUUGGCAACCUUACACAGAAGUAAGCAAAAAGUGAAGAAUAUGAUCAUGAAGAAGACAGCAACCACCACUAAUGCUGCAAACGUCGACAGUGACUCAGUCGCAUCUGUGACAGGUGGAGAAGAUUCGCCACGAGCCAUUCCUAACAACCAAGAGAGUAAGAACAUGAAAGAAAUCUCCAGCAUGGACAAUGUGACACUGAAAUCUCUUCAAAAAGCAACACUGGAGCAUGAUCGAACCUAUCAAAUGAAAAAACAAGCCCUUCGAAGAGUAUUGAGCUUGCAAGUUGGCCUUUCCAUUUUCUUCUUUGUUCAAUUUAUUGGAUUGUGUUUUAUUCCAGGAGCAAUUUCAUGGCAAUUUUCAUUGUUAUUUUAUCAUGUCUUUUCAAAUGUUGGAGUGUUGGGAUUUGUGAUCAUUUUGUUGUGUAUUUAUCAUCCUUUGAAGGAAGUUCAACGAUUGUUUCUCAUGAAAGAGAUGAACAAGAAUGAACAAGAAAUGAAGGAAACGAAUAUGCAAAAAGUUUAA